AUGACCAAUUUUUGCAGCUCCGAGCUAUUAGUGAAACGCGGGGACAAAGAGGAGCCCCAAGUAGGUGAUUCAAGCAAGAGGGUCGACAUGUCCAUCUGUUCAUGGCCAACCAUAGACAAAACGAUCGGAUUGAAAGUGUGCACCGAGUACAAUUACAUGAACGUGACAAGGAUGGACAAUAUCCCUUACUUCCUGGUAGCUGGACCGGCAGGGUUCAGAUGUUACCUACACAAAUCCGAUCCAACGGCUAAGGAUUACGUACAAACACAUAACGUAACACUUCUUCUACAAUCUGGAGCUGGCACCGUAUUGGCAAGGGGUAAAUACAAAAACACUCCCGACGAAAAGUUUAUUCAAGUUGCUCUCGACAUAAACAACAAAAAACACUUCGAUGCAGUUGCAUCCAUCAAAAGAUCCAGGAUCAAAAAUGGAUUUUCUUACAACCCCUUGAUAUACUUGGGGGUCAACAAUGACAAGGUCUUGAAAUUCUCUGGUAAGUUAAUCGAUUUAUCAAUAUAUACACGUUAG